AUGGAUGUCCUUGAGCCGAGGACGAGCAUUAUCGACUGGGACGAGAGCGAUGUCAACGCAUUCUUCACCAAGCUGGGAUAUCCUCAGUACGAGAUCCAAAUCAGAGAACACAACAUUUCUGGUGAUGUGCUCUGUCUACUGGACGCAGAGGGUCUGAAGGAGAUAGGUGUAGCGACAAUUGGCCAGCGUUUAGCCAUCUUGAAGGGCGUGUAUAACAUCAAGCUUGCCCAAAACAUCCCCAUUGAGUCCGACCACUACGUGCCACCUUCCGAGGUAGAUGAACGGCAAGAAUAUAUGAAUGUCGACCGACUAUAUGACCUUCUUAGGGACCAAAGCGAAAGGUUACAUAUGGUAGAGGAAGAUAACCGCCGUCUGACAGAAAGCUUGCACUCAUGUCUUGAAGAUAUACAUAGUUUGCGAUCGGCCACCCACUCCGCAAUCGAGACAGACAGCCCUGUGCAGCGGUCGCACUCGUUCAAAUGGGCGUCGUUGGGGAAGGCAAUUCGUUCGCCAACCAAGCCUGCGCCAGAGGUCGAGUCGCCCCAAUCUUCUCCGCAGCGCCUUGAGCAUGACUUCAGUUCUCGCAAUCCCCCACCGGAGCGGUCACGACCACCACAGCCGUCGACCAUGCAUGACACACCAUACUCACAGGCCCCCACUGGCAACUCCGGAAACCCUCCGCAGCCUAAGCCGGUGCGGCAGGAGAGCUCGGACAACCUGAAGAGCUUCAAGGUCAGUCUGGACGACCCUGCGUGGAAAGUGCUGCCUGCUGCGCUCAAGAAGUACAAAAUCAACAACGACGACUGGCAAAAUUACGCCAUGUUCAUCUGCUAUGGGUCCGCUGGGAAUCGUAUUGAGCGGUGUCUGAGCUACGACGAGAAGCCAUUGCUGCUGUUUCAGAAGCUGAAGGACGCGAAGAAGAAUCCGGUCUUUAUGCUCAAGCACAUCAAGGACAUUCGCUCUCCCAUUGCAGUCGCGCAGCAGAAGCAAGCCGCUCGUAAGGCGUCGUCAGAAACAUCAUCCGCGAAGUCGCCUCCGCUCUCCAGCGCGUCACUGCAGAUGCAGGCACAAGGACAGGGGCAGACGCAGGAACAAGGACAGGGGCAGACGCAGGACAGCGCAAGCCGCCCGCCGAAGCUGCAGGUCAUCAGCCAUCUAGGACACACCGCACCACCCCUCAUGACUGGUGUACCAAACGCACAAUCGGGCUGGCCGGAACUUAUGUCGCCCGCAGUGGAAUCUAAGGAGCGUACGGAGGAGCUUGGCCCGGACAGCGGGAAGAUGCAGAGCGCGAACCCGGGGAACGGCGCUGGAGACGGUGUGGACAUGGUUGGGCCUUCAAUAGUCAGGGAAAUUCCGCCGUCGACGGGCGUAUCGUACGCAGUGGCUAUCUAUCCGUACAUGGCGGAACAAGAGGACGAAUUCGACGUAGUUGUUGGGGAUACUUUCAUCAUCCUGUCGAGAGCCCGCGGAUGGUGGGUUGUGCAGCAGGACCCCGCAGGUUCCGGGCUGGUCGAACCUGAUACAAGCAAGCAAGGUUGGGUACCCGCAGGAUGUCUCCUGGAGACGAGCGUGCCAGUCGCGAUAGCUAUUGCGGAAGCGACGGCGCGUUCGUCUUCAGCAGGUUCUCCACCGCCGUCACCAGCAGGGAAGACGCCGAUUUUGCCGCUGAGUAUCCUGUCAACGAGCUUCCCCGGUAUUGCCCUUAUGGAUUACAAGAAGAAGGGAGAAGAGGAGCUUGACCUGGCGAAGGACGAUAGUUUACGGGUCUUCAAGCGGUACAACCAUUGGUCAUAUGCCGUGAAAGAAGAGAGCGGUGACCGGGGGUGGGUACCUUCCUGGUUUAUCGGCAAGGUCCCGACACCACCAGGCGCACCUCAAACACCGAGCACCAGUGGUGCCCCCAACGCACUAUCCGCCUCUCUCAUGGAGGGUGAUUCGCGCUACGCAAACGAUAGCCAGCAGGCGCAGGUCUCGCCCAUGUCAUCCGCCUUCCCUCCAAUGCAAACGCAAACCCGCACGACAGCAGUCAUCUGA